AUGGUUGAACUCGGGAUAUCGUUCGCGACCAUCAAGUCUUUAUUGAUCUUCUUCGCCCCCGUCAUCAUUCCUCGGGCCAUCAACUUCUACCGCAGUCUCCGAGUCGCUAUAGCAUCACGUCCCACACCUCGUCCCCUCCCUCAGGCUACCCGCCGCGUCCUCAAUGUCCUCUUCUUCGCCAUCCUGCUGUGCUUCCUUCUCAGCCUCCCGUUCAACCCUCAUGCUCCUUCUCCAAGUAUAUUUACCCUGACGCGAUCGCGCAUCAACACCCCGACCGAUGUCAUUUUUAGCAGGCUGGCACGGUUCCGGCCGGACAAUACCUUGAGCGAAACAGAUCGUUUGCUGCGAUCCAAGUUUACCUCGGUGGUGGCGCGGCGGGUGUACCUGCGCUACGGCCCUGAUGCAUUGACAUCCUGCGAGUAUUGCUCGCUCGACAACCUGAAAACAUAUCUUCUCUACUAUCUCCCCUUCAACACAUUAGUCCCUCAUAUCUUGCAUAUGGUCCUCGUGGGCUUGGUGACCUCGGCACCCUUUGCUGGCCGAGAAGCCGCCGGCUGGCGCAACAAAUUCACCGUCGCCGGGUUGGCUUUGGCUGUCAUCGACAUCUACAUUGUCUCGACAUACGACCCCGUUCUGUCUGCCUCGGCUGCUGUACGAGCGGGCAUGGUGCCGCCAUCGAGCUUGUAUCAUCAAACCACCCUGCUCCGUCCGCUGGUCUUUGCGAUCUUUGACGGGAUCUGCGCCCUGCUAAUCUAUGUAACCGCCACAAACCGAUUCUUCUUCGCGCCUCCCUCGCAGGCCGAUCAAGUCGACCAGCUGGUCUCGACUUCGCUAACGUCAUUGGCUGGAGCUAGCUCGAAAUUGCAUGCUGUGAGCGUGACGCGGAAUGCCGUGGUUAGAGAUAAGGUCUUGAAGGACCGGGAUGAUGCGUAUUGGCGGACUGUUGUCGCGAUGGGCGCUGGUAACACGGAUGGCGAUGCUUCAAUGGCUCCGAGCAGUAUCUGGGAGGAAGAGGAAGUGGUGCGAGCCAUGUCCCGGGCGAUGGCGGGACAAGGAGGAGUAGAUUUAGCCAAGCUGGGUGUCAGUGCGGCUGAAUAUGUCAAUGGCGUCACGGCAGGCUUAGAUGAGGUUGAUCCCCCGGAGAGGUAA